AUGGCUAACUCACCCCUCGUCCUGCCGCCCUCGAAUCCACUCCUGCCCGCGAGAACGCUCUCCUCGCCUCUCAAGCGGCAAUCAUCUGCCGUCCCCUCCAGCACAAAUGGCACUCCGAAGCCUUCACGGCCACACGGCCACGCCCAGGUCCCCGCCACGCUGGACAUGGCGGAACUCCUAAACUUGGAAGAACGAAAAAAAUAUGCCAAGGGCAAGAAGUUAGGAGAAGGAACAUACGCCGUCGUAUUCCUCGGCCAUGUGCGCAGCGACCCGAACCGGCUGGUGGCCAUCAAGAAGAUCAAGAAGCAGAAGGAAUACACAGAAGGAUUGGCGCCGGACGCUGUACGCGAACUCAAGCACCUGCAGGAGCUGCACCACCCCAACAUCAUCAGUCUUCUGUCUGUGUUCAGCUCCAAGGACCAGAACCUCUGCCUGGUGCUCGAGUACCUGCCGCUCGGCGACCUGGAGAUGCUGAUUCGCGAUGACAAGGGCGUACGAUAUGGUACCGCCGAUGUCAAGGCUUGGAUGGGCAUGCUCACUCGCGCCGUGUGGUUCUGCCAUGAAAAUGCAGUCCUGCACCGUGAUAUCAAGCCAAACAACUUGCUCAUCGCCGCCGACGGCGAGGUUAAACUAGCAGAUUUUGGUCUUGCGCGCAGCUUUGCCGACCCUUACUCGAUCAUGACCUCCAACGUCAUCACUCGCUGGUACCGUCCGCCCGAGCUGCUCUUCGGCGCGCGUCACUACUCGGGCGCCGUAGACGUCUGGAGCGUUGGCCUUGUCAUGGCCGAAAUGGUGCUUCGUGUUCCUUACCUGCCUGGCAAUUCAGAGCUGGACCAGAUCAAGCUGAUCAGCGAUGCGCUUGGCACACCGACCGAGGAGAAUUGGCCGGGUGUGUCAAAACUCGACUCAUACGUCAAGUCAGACAAAGUGACCCCUCUGCGGACACGGGACGACUUCAUGGGUCCGUUCGGCACAGUCGGCACCGAGGGCGUAGACCUGUUGUACCGAACACUCGCGCUCGAUCCCAAGAAGCGCAUCACGGCAAAGGAGAUGCUGCGCCACGAGUGGUGGCACGUCGACCCGAAACCCACACGCAAGGAGGACCUACCUAAGAAGGAGACUGGGGCCCAAGAGAAGAUGGGGGCCGAUCUGAAGAGGCGGCCAGGUGUCAUCGACGACGAUCGUGGCGCAAAGGUCGCGAGGAAGCUUGACUUCGGAGCUAAAAAGUAG